UGAAAGUUGCAGGAAGCUAAAGUAAAUAGCAACCAGCAUUUUCUUAAUUUAGACCUUCCUUACAUUUUUAUAUAUGCAUAUUGCAGAACGAGUUGCAAAUCGUACCGGUAUUUUAUAAUUUUUUUUUCUACAUCCAUAGGAACUAUGACUUAGUUUUAAAUAGGUAACACAUGUUAGCAUUAGCAGCACAGCAUGUGGAGAUGUGCACUCCAACUUUCUCUGCAGAGCAACAGAAACAUCUGGCAAAAAGUCUCACGACCUUUGUGUCCCAGUACAGCUACCUGACAGACUCAUACAUUAUUGAGUUUUUCUCCGAGGAUCUGUGGCACACAUUACCCCCCAGCUGGCAGCCUGUGCUGCAGGACCUGUCACCUCCACAGACUGCAGACCUGUUAUUGGAUGCUGCUCUUGAAGACCGGAGGUAUCCUUCGGUGUGGCCUCUGUCUCUCUUGGCUUUCCGUGCCACGGCUCACGCCCUGGCCUUUCCCAGAGAGCUGAGCCGGGACAGAGCCGGGGUAGCCGGGGCGGUGAGGCCGGGGGAGUUCCUGGAAAACCACAGUCAGAGCGCUCUCCUGGGACACAUAUUCAGGAAACACGUCAAGCCCAAGAAACAGCAUGAGAUCCGAAAGCUUGGAAUGCUGGUAAAAAAACUUUGUGACCUGACUGACUGUAAGAGAGUGGUGGAUGUGGGCUCUGGCCAGGGUCAUCUGACUCGAUUCUUGUCCUUCGGGCUCGGACUGUCUGUGACUGCCAUUGAGGCGGAUCAUGCGCUGGUUGCUAUGGCAUCCAAAUUUGAUGGAGAGUUGGUGUGUGCUUUGGAUAAAGAGAGGCAGAAAAAGGUCGGUUCUUCUCAGCUUCCUUUAUCCCAUCCCGUCCCCCACCAUGUGGCCGGUUGGGUAAACCCCAGUGCAUCAUGGGAAACUUUCAUCCAUCAGCUUAGAGCUGCAGAUUGUAUCAGCGAUGGUCCCCCAACUCCAUUUAGAGUCAGUAAAAAGAGACUGCGGAGUGAAGAUGAGCAGAGAAACUCCCACGCAGCUCAGACCUCACCAUCUCUGAGGUCCACGCAGCAUCCGGAUCGCUCACAAAACUCCAACAAGGACGAGUCUGAUGAGGAGCUUUUCACUGACAACUGUUGCUCAGGCGCUACGGGUGACUCUGAGGAGGGUGUACAUCCUGAGCAAACCAGCGUAAGGAGCUCUCCAGACUUUGUUCUGACUGGUCUCCAUGCCUGCGGGGACCUCAGCGCCACACUUCUCCGUCACUUCGUUACCUGCCCUCAUGUUCGGGGCAUCACCUCUGUGGCCUGUUGCUACAUGAAGAUCUCCACCGAGGAAAACCCCACCCCUCCAGGACUGGUCACACCUCCCAAUCCGCUCACACACAGAGCGGAAACGCUUCCCUCCGCGUUCGGCUACCCAAUGAGCUCCUGGGUGAAGGGACUGCCGGGACACCAGCUGUCCUACAAGGCCCGAGAGGCGGCGUGUCACGCCGUGGAGGACUACGUGCAGAGGCUCCGAGAGGGAAGCCCGUUGCUCAGGUCGCACUGUUACCGGGCAACGCUGGAGACCUUCAUCAGGGAUGCAAGGCCAGAUCUGCGCAGGGCAGGAAUCCAGACCAUAAAGAAAUCCCACCGAUUAUCUUUUAAUGAAUAUGCCCGGCUGGGCCUGCCCCGGGUCGGGCUGCCUCCGGACCUGCCCCUGGACCUAGACCGAGUGCAGGCCAUGCUGAACCAGCAGAACAGGGUGGUGGUGUACUUCAGCCUGGCCCUGCUGCUGGCUCCUGUGGUGGAGACGCUGGUGCUGCUGGACAGGAUGAUCUACCUGCAGGAGAACGGUGUCGACAGUCAGAUGGUUCCUCUCUUCAAUCCGACCCUUUCUCCCAGAAACCUGGUGCUGGUAGCUCUGAAACCAAAUGGACCAUGAGAACAAAAAAAGUAGACAGAAACUCACAAUUUUUCACUAUUUGAAUAGUUUUUAGAGAUGUUACAUUAAGUUAAUGUUUACGUUUGCUUGCUUUAGCAUAUCAUCUUGGCGACAGACAUAUAUUUUAUAUGAUGAUCAUGUAUUUGUGGAGUUUUAUUACAUGAUUUAGCAUUUGUUUACACACGUAUGACAUUUGUGAUUUUGUUUUCUUACGUUUUAUUUUAGUUCAUCACAUCUGUUAUUUUAU